AUGGAUAAAAUACAUACUGAGCCGGAGGAUAAUAUCGCUGUGGAUCCCACAACCCAUAUCGCGACCGUCUAUGGCGAUGACUGGCAGUCGGAAACCACUUCGAUCGGCUCAUCGCUUUAUCGGGGGCUCGAGGAGAAUGGCCGACGGUAUCAAACAUUGAGCCACAAAGAAUAUCUGUACGCCUGGGUUUCCGAAUCAAGGAUUCCAUCCGAUGAGAAGCAGUUUGAGACAUACGAAGCUGGCCAUUUGGUAGCCCUCGUUAUGGACUCAGACCAGGAGAACCCUCUCUUCCGGGCGCCCGUUAAGAACCCCAAGCAUAUCCUCGACCUUGGAACAGGUUUAGGUAACUGGGCCAUCGAUGUAGCCGACAUGUUCCCAACAGCUAGCGUUCGCGGAGUCGAUCUCUACCCACCACCAGUAACAUGGACGCCACCAAACUGCAUCCUAGAAGUCGACAACAUCGCCGAAGACUGGACCUGGAAUGAACCCCAAGACCUAAUCCACAUGCGCAUUAUGAUCGGAGCCUUCGAUAACGCAGAAUGGGAUCGAGUCUACCAACAAUGUUACGACAAUAUCCGUCCCGGCGGCUGGAUCGAGCAACUAGAAGCAAGUCCCUUCAUCGAAUGUGACGACGACAGCCUACCAGCAGACAACAUCCUCCGUAGCUGGGGACCAACGCUGUCGGCGUGCGGUAAGCGUGCCGGGCGGCCACUGGGAACAAUCGAUAUGAUGCAAGACGCCUUCCGCAAGGCUGGGUUCGUGGAUAUCUGUGAAAAAGAAUACAAGUGGCCCAUUGGGCCUUGGGCCCGUGACCAUAGAUAUAAAGAGGCCGGUACUGUUAACUACCAUCAUUGGACAUCUGGUAUGGAGGGCUGGGCUAUGUGGUUGCUUUGCAAAUUCGGGGCUCCGGAGCCUUGGUCGAAGGAGGAGGUUAUUGUUUAUGUUGCGAAGUUGAGGAAUGAGCUUAAAAAUCCUCGCUACCAUAUUUAUGAGCGCGCGCGACGUGUGUGGGCGAGGAAGCCUUUCCUUGAGGAGAUCGCGGCGAGAGCGAAGGAUGCGACUAACGAUGGGGUCACUAUCAAGAGUGAGAACUGA